AUGAGUAUAAUGAAGAGGAACAUUUUUCGGGUGAGGUGUGCGGCAAGGAUGUACGCUUGCCCCCGUGGGGGAGAGGCGAAUGGAAGUAAGGCGGGUGAAGGUGCCUCUCCCGUGGGAGGCACUGCUAGUCAUGGGCUUGCCCGACCCCCUAGUGAAACCAACUCGUGCAGUGCCCCCCCGAUGUUGGGGAGAAGGAUAAUGUUCCCCUCCAUGGAGAGCGCGAUCAAAAGUUCAAUUUUGGCACCGCACAUGAGGAAAUACAGAAGCGCGAAGAUGAAGCGCAAUGAACUUCCUUCCCUAAGUGGAAUGACACAAAAAGGAAAGGGAGUUCACAGGAGAAGGUCCGUUCUGUACCACCCCAUUGGACGUCACCCAUAUCAGAUGAGUCAAGUGUUAAUUCUACUGAACAAAUACCAAAGAGAUAUGGCCUUUAUAAAAUAUAUUUUCCUAGCCAACUGUGUAAUUCUGGUAAGUCUCAUUUUUGCAUCUGUGCAUCUAUUUUGGGGCGAUUCUAUGAAUAGAUACGUUGUGUCCAAAAUAGAGAAGCUACUUACAGAGGUGAAGAACUCUUCCAACACGCAGACAAUUCUAAAAGGAAUGGUGGACGAUCUGUUGUAUAGUGUAGUAAAUGACGAGAAGAACAAAAGUGCCACCACGAAAUUCUUCUUGGAUAUUCUGCAAAACUCAAAAACUGAAGUGGGAAAUGUAUUCACAGAUGUACUACAAACAGAGCAUGUCAGGAAUAACCUUAGAAGUGUCUUCCUUGACGUAUCAAGCUACCUGUGCAAUAAUGAACAAGUCCAAACGAAAGUAUACCACCUACUGGCGGAGGCCAUACACCUACCCAUCGCAAUCGAUACGUCAAAAAAAUGGCUGAACGAUCUGUUCAAGUCGGAAAGUGUAACAAGUAAUGUUAGAAAAGUCAUACGGGAUGAAAUUUUCAACAACGAACAAGUGGUUAACAACUCUGUUCUGUUCGUUCAGAAUGCUCUCCUGAACGCCAUGCAGGAUAAGAAAACAAAGGAGGUGAGUAAGUUGUUCUUUGCUUCUAUCCUUUCGAACCCCGAAUUUCAGCAACAGAUUUCUGGAAGUCUUUGGAAGAUUGUUAAGCUAGCUUUGUCCCCUAAGUGGAUGACUUACGAGGGGGACCACUUGGACUUCAAGGUGAGCAGCCAAUUACAGACCAAACGGGAGGAAGUUCACAUGCAAAGUGCCCUCCUAGACGCAGGGAAUAACCACUUGGGGACGAUCAGCUGCGAUGUUCAUAAGGUUAAUGACGAUGUCGUGCAGGCCCCCACGCAAGAGGCUGUGCCGAAUAAGGAGGAGUUGCUUCCCCUCGGGAAGAACAUGGGAAAUGCGCUCACUGGAGAACCCCCCUUAGAGGGGAACCAAAUGGAAGAAGCCGCACCAGAAACGAAGCAAGUCAUGAGCGAAAUGAGAAAUGUGAUUAACCUUUUUGAGAAUACACACAUGUGUGACGGCCAUGCAGACGUAACCGAGUGUGAACAACCGUUCCAAGUUGAUAUGGCAGUGAGCUUAAGAAGUGUAGACAUGGAACACCUGGAUGGUCUACGAAGCUUUCUCUUUCCGCCCCACACAAGUGAGAAUAACUCCACCCCCCUAAGUGCCAUUCCGAUCUGUAAUGUUAAAAGCGUGAAGGAAGAAGCAGGUCAUUUGGGUAGUUUGAAAAAAGUUCAUGAAUUGAGUGGUUUUCAUUUCGCUGACAGGGUAGAUCGAAGUGCUGCUGACGGGUGUGGGGAGACCCCCCCUGGCACGACGUCACCGAGUAGUAACCAUGAUGUGACCCCCACACGCGGAAUCGCAGUGAGAGUCAAAUUCUUCCUGAUCGACGCGUACAGGUUCUACGCGCAAAAGUAUUACUUCUACUACUAUUACGUGGAGCGGGUCAAGGCGGUCCUGCAGAAGGCGUUGGGGGUGAAGUUCUUCUAA